CUUUUUCAAUAUAUUAUGAGUCAUUUAAUAUCGUCCAGAUUUUUUCAAUAAAAAAGGCUUAUUUUCUGAGCACCGGGCUUUGCAAAUUUGGAACAAAAGUGUUCUUAAUUGAGAUCAUUGGGAAGAAUCCUGAAAUUCCUUGAUUAAGCCUUUGAACACCACGCCUAUCGUGUGCGGCCACAUGUAUGUAUGGUAUGAACACGUGGGGCGGAAAUGGAAAUACACCGUAUUGGGCUAUGGGGAGCAAAGGGUUAAUAGAUUCUAGGGCAGGACGAAGUUAUAGUCUGGCAAACCGUUUCACGUGGAUAGGGUCAAAUCAGGGUGCCUAGCCAUGAUGCCAAUCGUUCGGUGUUCCAAGUGUGCCUAAGUGAAUUGGCAUAUUGGCUAGGCCCUCAGUUCUGCCGAUCAGAUAACAUUACAAAUAAAUGUGGCAGAAAUUUAUACACAAUAAUAUGUACCUUUCAUUUUCGUCAAUUGAUACUGCAAGUGACUAAUAUAUAUUACGAUACGUACUAAAUAUUUGAAAUGUGGAGUUUAUUCAGCUUUGUUUAAAUACGUUAACUUACGUCUGAGAAGAAAUAAUACAGAGCUACCAUUCCGAACACCCGACCGUAUUUGAGUCGAUCGUUCAAAUUAACCAGUAUAAACGGUAUCUCCGAUUACAAGUAGAUAUUAUGGGGCUACAGCUUAAAUGAAUACUGGUGUUGUAAAGCGUUGGUCUCAGGAAUAGGAAUACAAAACAAGGUAUUAUCAGAGGGGUCUUCGAAGCUCCGCGCAGUAUAGAUGUAGCUGACAAUGAGGGCUGAAGUAAUAGCUUUAAGCGUGAUCGUUUGCGCCUGUUUAGUCGAGUCGGUUCCGUUCCCUGAGCCGGCUGGAUACGUGGCGUCAUACCAGAAUUUUGGUUCCUCAGGGCAAAGCACAAGCGCAACAAACAACAAUGCGUACAAUCAACAACCGAACGUAGCCGUGCCUCUAACGAACAACAAUGCCUACACGAACAGCUACCAAUCCAACAACGGCUACCAAUAUGCACAACCUAGUUAUCAAAACGUGGCACAGCCCCGUAUAAACACUUGGCCAACACAAAUGCAGCAACUUCCACAGCAUACACAACUGCCGCAGUUACCACAACUGCCAUCGACAGGGUCAUUCUACCAGCAAGCGCCUGCUUACCAAAGUUACCAGCGACCUCAGCAGAGCUAUGUACCAGCUCCAAACAGCUACGGUUCUAGCUCCGGCAAUUCUCGAGCGUACGUUAACUCUGGUUCUCAGAACACGUACCAAGCUCAAACGCAGGCAGCACCAGCUCAAAAUUAUCAGUUCCAGAGACAGUCUUACCAAGCGCCUGCUCAAAGCUACCAAUCUUACCAAGCACCAACAAAAACAACAUACCGAACCAACCAAAACUACCAGGCUCCAAGCCAGAACUAUCAGCAGUCAUCAUACUCCAGCAACCAGGUGCAGCCAAGAUAUACGAAUAACUACGGCCUAGUUCAGCCACAAUGGUACCCGAAACCAAUGUUGCCGUUGCCUACGCAUCCCGAAGGGCAUAACGUACAACAUGUCGUGUCUCAUCCGCAAAUAAAACAUAUCCUGCAAACCUCCGGCCACAAGAGCAGAUACCUCGUCGUCCUGCCGAACGGAAAUAUCCAGCACGUAGACAACCUCGACACGGUGACAGCGAAUCAUCCGAACUACGUGGUCGUAAACAAGAACGGCCAACGGAUGGGCAGUGCCCACGCUCAAGCCCACGCUCACGCUGUGGCCAUAGAGACUGGACACGCGACUGCCAACGCUGCAGCUAACGGCCAAUCAGGAACCCAAGUAAGAUCGGCUGUACCACUUACUCCGAUUGUUCAACCAGCACGGCUAUUACCUCCAAUGAACCCAUCACCAGCUGUACCAUUAGCUCCCGUAAUCCCAGCAUCAACUACGGCGCGAGCAACCGCUAACGCAGUAACAGGACAAUUCUCAGGACCCGCUACCCCACUAGUCCCGAUCAUCCCAACCCCGCCGACCCAAGUACCGAUCACAACCACACUACGAAUCCCGUCUGGUGGGGGUCCACCGCCGGUAGCCCCAGUUAUUGCUACCCCACCAACCCUGCCAACACCACCGAUUCCGCCAAGUCCGCCAAGUUUACCAACCCCGCCAACCCCACUAACUGUACCACGGGUACCACCUCCUGUCACUGUCGCUACAGUGACUCCACAACCUACAGUUACUGUUGCUACUGUAACCCCGCCACCUGCAGUAACUGUAGUUACUGUGACCCCACAAACCCCUGUCAUGCCACCAACACCUCCAACACCACCAAAUCCGCCCGCACCCACAACCCCGCCAACGCCACCUACGCCUCCUACAUUACCUACAAUCACGCCACCACCAACCCCACCAACUCCAUCAACUUCACCUACACCUCCUACACUACCUCCGAUAACCCCACCACCAACCCCAUCAAAACCAUCCACUCCGCCUUCUCCACCAUUGCCACCGACGCCAGUUCCGAUAACCCCACCAACCCCAGCCACACCAAAAACCCCUGCAACACCGGCCACACCUCAGUCACCACAAACCCCAGUGACCCCAGCAACCCCAGUUACAUUACCCACUCAAGCAACCCAACCACCGCAAAUACCAACUGUAAUAACUUCCCCACCAACCCCAUCAAAACCAUCUACAGUAACCCCGCGUACUCCGCCAACCCCACCAACUCCACCCACUCCACCAACCCCGCCUACACCACCACCCCCACCCACCCCACCAACACCUUCUACAGUAACUCCCCCUCCAUCACCACGUACUGAGCCAACCCCACCCACUCCACCAACCCCACCUAUUCCACCAUCGCCACCGACGCCAGCUCCGGUAACCCCACCAACCCCAGCCACACCAAAAACCCCUGCAACACCGGCCACACCUCAGACACCCCAAACCCCAGUGACCCCAGCAACCCCUGUUACACUACCCACUCAAGCAACCCAACCACCGCCAAGACCAACUGUAAAAACUUCUCCACCAAUCCCAUCAAAACCAUCUACAGUAACCCCACGUACUCCGCCAACCCCACCAACUCCACCCACUCCACCAACCCCGCCUACACCACCAUCCCCACCAACCCCACCAACACCUUCUACAGUAACUCCCCCUCCAUCACCACUUACUGAGCCAACCCCACCCACUCCACCAACCCCACCUACUCCACCAUCGCCACCGACGCCAGCUCCGGUAACCCCACCAACCUCAGCCACACCAAAAACCCCUGCAACACCGGCCACACCUCAGACACCACAAACCCCAGUGACCCCAGCGACCCCAGUUACACUACCCACUCAAACAACCCAACCACCGCCAAGACCAACUGUUAAAACUUUUUCAAAUGGAAUUGAAAUCACACUUAUUUAAUUGGCGGGGUAAAUAAAUAACUUACAGUAUUUUUUUCCAUUUUUAAGUUUUUUGUAUUUUUUUUAUAGAUGUGUAUUUUUAUUAAUUAUUAACUAAUUAUCAAUAAAUAAUUAGCUAAUGUUAUUAUGAACAUGAUAUAAAUGCAUAUUUAUGCGAUAAAGCUUUAUCGCAUAUUCAUAUAUUUAUUGCAUCCAUGUAUAUUUAUUGUACACAGGUGUUACAUUAUAGUCUGUUUCACAUGGGCCCUGGUAGGGCACGGCAAUUAUAUUAAAUCUAAAGAUUGAUUUAUGUAUAUACAAUAUUUGACAAUGUCUUAUUAAACUUUAAAUGAUUUGAUAGUUGUAUUAUAUAAUGAUUUCUAAAGUUAAUAACAGAUUUUAUGUCAUUAAAAAUAAUAAAUUCAAAUAUUCAUGCUUAAAAAAUUGUUACAGUUUAUGUCAAGAAUAUAAAUACCUAUAUAAUAUUAAUUUCAAGCUUAAAUUAAUAAUUAAAAAUGAGACAAGUCCAAUAAAUACACUAAACUACUUACAAGAUAAUUACAUUUCAUCAUUCAAAAAAUCAUUAAGCUUAUAAUAGCACUUAUUUAUUAAAAAGUCCUUCAACUGUAGCCAAGAUGAGAAUCAUUUGCAGAAAACGAAACGAAUCGCUAUCAUUACCAUAAAUUAUUUACGCUUACCUUGGCGUUUCGUUUCGUUUUCUGUAAACGGUUGUCUUCUUGAGCAGUCCAAGCAGUCCCUGUUAAUCGUAUAUUCUACCUAUAGGUUAAGGCUUAAUUGGCAGUGUAAACUUAGAAAUAAAUGGCUUAAGUAAAGCCCGAUA